CAUGGCCACACUGUGGAAUCCUAUUAAAGUUUCUACCCUGCUGAAUUGGAAUAGCAACAUUCAAAGAACAUUCUUUCCUCUUGACUGCUGGAAUUGUAAUGGUUACUGGUCAGGACCUCUUUUUAUGAGCAUUGCAGAUAACUGGUAUAUGUAAGCAACAUUUGGCUAUUACUGAGUGUCAAAUUUCAUCUGUACAUACACUUUGCUGAGGUUAAGGGCUCCAAGCAAAUCAGAGCAGAGAAUUAAAAAAUUCUUGAAAUAGAGAACUUUUUUAUGGUGCCAUUGCUCCAGAAUUCUCUAUUACAAGUACCAUAUACAGUUUUAUCGCCGCUGAGUGGAGAAAGCAUUGGCUUUUGUUUGGAAAGAACCAACAGAUCAACCCUCCCAUUAGUUCUCAAUGCUCUUGCUGUCAUGAAAAUGCUAUGGGAGUUGGCUGAUGCAAUAAUUAACUGAAAGUUAACAUAUGUAGUGGAGAGAAACCAGCAACAAGAUCCUGGGGUGGUCUUAAUAACAUCUGAACUCGUCCUCAUGGCGCUUGCAGAUUUACAGGGAAGAUAUCUCAUGUCGCUUCCAUUUGUUGCAGAGAUUUAUCGGAGGAUGAUAUAACCAUAGAAGCACCCAACUGAACUUGUUUAUGAUAUUGUAAGUUAUCUAAGCAUAUUUGGUGAAGUUGAUGGUAAGCGUGAAGCCAAUAACUAAUUCAUAUUUGAUAUUUCUUCCAAACCUUGCAAGAAAUUUAGAAGGAUAAAGCUUUCUGGCUCACUUCCAUUGAACUCAUGGUUAAGGAAUUAAUCAACUUGUUAAGGUUUGCUUCUCAAAUUCAUAUUGUCCCAGAUUAAUUAUUGCCAGUUGUUAUCCUUUUAAGAUCAAUUUUGGAACAUAGGAAGAAAAAGAAUCAUGAGCUUGUAUUAACCAUCUAUUGAAGGAGCUGUAUGCAUUCCCAGGAUUUCUAGUGGCAUGACUGGAUACAACACACCUAACAUUCUGUUUGUUUUCAGAUGCUAAUAAUAAUGUCAACUGAAUUGAUGCAAGUGUGUGAGAGGAGAAGAAAAAGAAGUUUGUUGUUCCAGUGGAAGCAUCAACUGCAACAUUUGUCUUCUUAAUUGCAAGUACCUACAUUUUGGAGCCUAAAAGGAAAUAAUCAAAUAAAUAAAUGACAAGAGGAAUUGAAUACUGAAAAAAAGAACAAGAGGGAUACAACUUUGAAGCCAAAGAAUCGAAAAUUUACAUAUUGUGAGCUAGUGAAAAUUACCAGCAUCUUUGAGAGAGACAUCAGAGGAGGGGCGUAGGAACACUUUGAUGAUUACCUAGAUGAUGGUUCUAAAGUAGCCUGUAGCCGUAAAGAUGCUAUCUCAUCAUCAGGUCAAGGGUAUAAGGAGUUUCUCUUAGAGGUCAUCAGCAAAAAAUUGUCUCUACUUUGUUUGCAGGCCCUGUAAAAAAUUUUCGUUGGAAGGACACUGAACUGAAGAAGUGUUUCUCUCUGCAAUUUGCUUACUUGCAACAAUACAAUUAGCCUUGUUUGCUGGAAUAUUUCCUAGUCCUCCUUUCUUAAUUUGGGGGGUGACCUGAAUGAUGUUGCAAGCUGAGUUGCAGUGCAAGACAGCUGAAAAACUUUAGAGACUAAAGUCGGAGUUGUCUCCCCCUUAACAGUCAGACUAUACAAACCAGCUUGAGAACAGGGUAGAAUCUUGAGAUUCCGUUAUGUAUGCCCCUAGCUCUAUCUAGGGAAGAGAGAAUGAAGUUGUUAUCCUUUAGUUCUCUCUAGAGAUGAACUUUGUAAGUUUGCUAUUUUUCAUGGUGGAUGUUUUUAUCUAGACUAUUUUCAUAGUGGAUGUUUUUAUCUAGACUAGGUCCCAUGGUUUUUACCUCCUUGGGUUUUCCAUGUAAAAAAUUCUUGAUGUUGGUUUCAUUCUUGUUUUUAUCUUAAGCUUGAUUGCCUUGCCCUAAUUUUCUCAGCAAUGAUCAACAAUCACUUCCCUAAGGUAACCUUUAAGGUGAAAUCUUUUGGUUAUUAAACAUAGAAUAUAUUU